AUGAGGACCGCCGUCCUUCUCGCCCUCCUGGCCUUCGCGGCCGCCGCCAACGCCAGCCGCGUCAAUGUCCUCAGGAGCCUCCUGACGGACGACAAGUAUUGCAAGGACCACAAUGGGCACAGCGACUGCCCUGAGUACCACGAAUGCCAGAAACUGGAGAAGAAGGUCUGCACGAGCAAGCCAGUCUGCCAUACGGGCAGCUAUGGCGAGAAGAAGUGCAGAUACGAAGAAG